CCAGACAUCGCCAAGGGGAAAAGAACGCCAUGUCGCUCUUCAAAUCCUUUUCGCCGCAGAAGGGCGACAUCUCGUCGUCGACAGCCGUCAAGUCGUCGGUGCAGAGGGGCAUGCGGACGAAGCUCCUGGAGCAGUACCCGAGUCUGGCAAAGGACGAUGGCGUGCUCCUCGAAUCGAUCUGGCCAAAGAAGCAGGGCAUCACUUUGGUCAAGUUCAGUCGCGAGCACGUCUCGUUCCUUGUCUACAAGGGCGAAGCGCUCUUCUUCCAGCACUUUGACGGUCCUUACCUCCCCACGCUCCACCUUCUUCACAAGUAUCCCUUCCUUAUGCCGCAGAUUCAGGUCGACAGAGGUGCCAUCAAAUUCCUUCUCUCGGGCGCAAACAUCAUGGCGCCUGGUCUCUUGACAGCCGGAGGAAGAUUACCACCAGACGAGGAGGCACUGCCUGCGGGCACAGCGGUGGCCGUCAUGGCACAGGACAAGGAGAGUGCGCUCAGCAUCGGCGUGCUCAAAGAAGGGACACAAGAGAUCCGGAAAAAGGGGAAAGGCAUCGUGGUGGACAACCUUCACUGUCUUGGUGACGACUUGUGGCUCGCAUGCGCAAAAGAGGCUUUCAAAGGACGAUAGUAAUUUAAACCCUGUAGCGCUUGGUGCUGCCCUUUUCAAAGAGAAACCGGACAAUGUACACUUGCCCCACGGCCACGGCCACCAUGACCAAUGACUCGAUGAUGCUGUACCAGAAGAUCUUUGA